GUUUUCGAUGUAUUUUCACGCCUAAUUUAUCUGAUGUACUUUACCUUUAAAUACCUGGAUGUUCGUAAGUCGGGGAGGUAGAUUUUUUUUCUGUGCUUACCUGACUCCUCAGCCUAACAAGCACAACAAGUCUCUUUAGAAAAAACCCAGCAGGCUUCAAUUAAAUCGUAAACUCUCCUCUCUGCUGCUCUCCAGCUGCUUUUCUCUCAGGGUGGUCAAAUUAACUUUACUCUAUGCUCACAUUUAAUAGCAUCGCCGCAGAAAGCAAACCUGCAGAGCGCGAGCAUGAAAAACAAAACGUGGGACUGAACAACAAUAGGUAGAGCCAGGAGGAGGGGGCUGCAAAUGUGGAACCACUUAAGGUCCGAGCGCGCUCGCCCUGCAAAGGGUUAAAGAUGGCGAUGGGAUAAGUGGAGCUCGUUUAUCCCAAAUUUGACAGCGGUAGUUAAAUGUUGAGUUUUCCCUCCAAACUGGCAGUCUGGUCGAGGCUUUCUGCUCCCCUCAGCCUCCCUGGUGCUGCGCUCGUUUACGACCGCCUGUCUUCUCUAAAUCAAAUCCGAGAAACGGAGGACGAUUCCGCAAGAUUAUCUCCUCAGCUUCACCUCCAUCCAUCCCACCAUUAUUUCAGCUUUCUCACAGCCGUUCGCCUCUCCUCUCCUCCGCCCCCCACCAGCGCUCCGCUUCGUCUUUCACUGUGGAGCUAAAUUUCCCAACCUGCCGCCCCUGGGAUCCCCGCAGAUGUCCGGAGCCUGGCGCUGAAGCGGGCGCUCGCCAGCAGCCCAGAUGCAUCUGCGACUCUUUGCCUUUGGGAUGACCUUGCUUUGUGAGGUGAUCAGGAUGGGGUCGGGCGUCACGCAGAAGCGAAGUGCUCACAGAGAGACGUCAGAAGACUGUCAGAGUUGUCUGGAGUGUUCGCGGGACAACGGCUGCGUUCGCUGCCCAGAGCGACUCUUCCUGUUUCUCCAGAGGAAAGGGAUGUCUCAUCAUGGGACGUGUCUCCAUUCCUGUCCAAACGGACACUUUGGACAGAGAGGGAGGGACGUGAACCGCUGCAUGAAAUGCCGCUCGUCGGACUGCGAGCUGUGUUUCAGUCGGGACUUCUGCACCAAGUGUAAGCCUGGCUUCAAGCUGCACAAAGGCAAAUGUUUGAUCCAGUGCCCAGAGGGAACCUUCGCUCACCAGACAGACUGCCUCGAGGUCUGUCCCCUGCCUCCGCUGGGAGAGUGGAGCGAGUGGAGCGUCUGCGUCCGUGACGGCGCCACCUGUGGUUUCAGAUGGGGAAAGCAGACCCGGGUCCGGGAGAAAGCGACUGAAAAAGCGUCGGUCUGUUCGCCCCAACGCGAAACACAAAGGUGCAGGAUGAAGAAAAAAUGUCCCACAGAAAAAAGACGGAAUAAAAAAGCAGGACUUGGCAGAAAGAGGGAGAGAAAACGACUGCGGCUCCUCGCCAGCGUCUCGGCUAACGCAACAACAGACACCAUCAGCGGCGGCGCCUGAACCGGAUCCAGCUCCAUGUUGGCCCGCAGAACCAGAACCAGAACCACGGAGGACAAAAACAACCUGAACCGACUGUUCAGUUUAUCCCCAUGAUGUGUGAAUAAAAUGUGUUUUCCAAACAUUAAAUCAAAAUAGGAUUUGAAAAGUCACUUUCUACUCGAGCUGCACUGAUCUGAAUUUACCUCUGACUCGCUUUUUAAUUCAAUUAACCAAAUUACAACGUUGUCAACUUUAUUGCAAUCAUCAUUCAACUAAAAGACCACAAAACCCCCAAACUGGGUUAGAUUAUAUGAAAAAAUAAAUGUUUGGGUAAAAGCGUUAAAGUGAAAUAUUAUCCACUUGAUUUGGGGAAAAUGGCUUAGUCAAAGUUCAGAUUUCAACCUUAUUUUCUGUCUAAUUUGAAGACAAAAGUAAGACUGAAAAUAAAAAAUCAGUUAGCGUCUUAUAUUAAUCACUGAAGCCAGAUUGGAGAUUAGAUUCAGCCUGAGAAAUGAUGCGUUUAAAGCAGUCGGAAAACUGGAACGCGGAUCUGGGAAUAACAGAGAUUAUGAAAUUAACAAGAUUUACAGAUGAAUAACGUUUCCCCUCAGAGCAGCCAUGUUGUUUUAGGAAUGAAACUUCAAACUUCAGGUUUCCCUGAUUUUUUUUAUCCAACUUUGAACUUGUAAAUUUUGAAUAUAUUGGAGAAAGAAUGGGCAAAAGUGCAAAUAGUCUCGCUUUUGGGCGUUGAAAAUUUUAAAUUGAAUCAUGUUUAUGAGUUUAAAAUGGACCAAAAAUAUUUCCUGCUGCACUUUUUCCACCAGUAAGCCAGUAAAAUAUCUGCAGGACUCCAGCUGGAUUAUCUUCAAAGGUUUUUUAUUUUGUAGUUUUGGUUUAUUUCCUCAAAGUUUGGCCAAACAUGAAAGAAAGGAGUUUUUCUGGUGCAUCUUUAUGGCUGAUAAUAAUGAACGCUGCAUGUUUAGUCCAAACUAUCUCGCAGUUUAUUUGUCAGUUUGUGUGUAAUAUAAAUUGAGCUGUAUACAUGAUGUAAUAUUUUGAUCCAGGAUGAUUUAUCUGAUAUUGCACAAGAAAAGCUUGCAUGACAACAUGUGAGCGAAUAAAAUCUCUUCUUUUUUCCCCCCACCAAAUAAAUAUUUAUCACUUUUCUUAAGAGACGAAAUGGGAAAUUUUUCCACAACAUGGAUGUGUCGCUCUGUAAAUGUGUAUUUUUAUAUUAUCACAGAUUAAUCUGGGUUCAGAUGUGCAAAAUCUUUUUUACAAAAUCAUGAAAAAUAUGCCAAUUUGAUUAAUUUCACAAAAAACUGCACAUUUCAUAACUUUUCUUCUCAUGCAUGUUUCCUUGAACAUGUAAGAUUUUUGCUUUUGUUUUAUUUUCUGAUGACCACGAAAUAAUCUGACAAGAUUAAAACAAGCUGCUAUUGUUUUAAACUUU